AAAACUAAGAUGGAGAGAGAAACUCAUAGAAGGGUUUGAUGAAACAAAAGAAGUAGAGAGACAAUAUGACAAAGGUGUAGAGAUGUGGAUUUACUUUGGUGAGCAAGAAGAGUAAAUAAUCAAGGGAGAAGAACACUGACGAUCCAUUAAAGCUUUUACUUUUGGAACAUUCUGAUUUAAUAGCUAAAACUGACAUCAAGAACACAAUCCCAGGAUGUCGAACGUCAAGAACAUGAUGUGCACUACCUUAACAAGGUCAAUACCAGCAAUAGCAUUCUUCGGGAGAAUGGCAUUUGCCUUUGUCUUUAUCAUCUCUGCUAUCAACGACUAUGCUGAUCAUUUUGGGGAUGGUGGGCCGCUCGAAAAGACGGUUGGACCAGCAGUGAAUGUGAUGACCAAAUAUGGUUCUAAGGUUCUCACGUUUUACACUGGAAUGCAAGUGGUUGCGUUCGAUGUUCGACUUCUUGAGUUCUCGCUCAUAACCGCAAAGGGAACAGCAGCUUUAUGGUUCAUCUUUGGACAAACCAUCCCUGCCUACUUCUUGCUCGCAACGCAAAUUCUCUCAACUGUUAUUCCUUUCCCUACCAACUUGACUGACUUCACUCAGAACUUGACGUUAGUUGGGGCGUUGCUCUAUUACAUUGGAUUGAAGCAUAGUAUCGACAACCUCGAGGAGGGAGAGAAGAACAAGGAGAAGGAGAUAGAAGAUGAUAAGAAGCCCUCAACUUCCAAAGCCAAAGCCAAACCAAACUGAAGCAUAAACUUCACAAACUCAUUACCUUGCUUCGGUAGUUCCCCUUUUGUCCUUUCUCUUUUUGUUGAUGAGACAACUCUUUGAGCUUAUAUCUAUUAGUAUCGAUCCAAUGUUUGUCUCUACUGUUGUGUUUUACAUUAAAUUGGUCGACCACAGAGAAUGUAACUUCAUGUACAACAACACAAUCUAAGAAUCAAAUUUGCUACGAAAGUUGUUUAUUUGAGACAAAAGUACAAAAGCUCAUAUGCCUUUAAAUACUCUCA